AUGGUGGGUGGUGGUACGAAGCCUGCAUGGAUGGAAGGGCUAAUGGCGGAGACAUUCUUUGGCGGUUGCGGGGUCCACCAGCAUCGGCGGAAGAACGAGAAGAACAUCUUCUGCUUACUUUGUUGCCAAAGCUUCUGCCCUCACUGCCUCCCUUCUCAUCAAUCUCAUCCCUUUCUCCAGGUGAGAAGAUAUGUGUACCAAGAUGUGAUAAGGUUGAAUGACUUGGAGAAGUUGAUUGACUGCUCCUACAUUCAGCCUUAUACGAUAAACAGUGCCAAAGUGAUAUUCUUGAAUCAGAGGGCGCAAUCCAGGUCUUGCAAGGGUUCUGGCAAAUCUUGUUUCACUUGUGAUAGAGUACUGCAAGACCCCUUUAGCUUCUGUUCUCUUUCCUGCAAGGUUGAUUUCAUGGUCUACCAUGACCAGGAUUUAUCAAGCAUUCUCCUCAAGUUUGAUGAAUCAGAUUUCGCCUUCACCCAGUUCGAGGGGCUGCGGAUGGACGGAUCUGAUUCACCAGACGACGACGGCCAACACACUCCAUACUCCACCCCAGAGGAACCGUCGGAGUACAAGAAUACUUCUUGCUCCAACACUGCCAUUGGCAUUUCAAGCGAUUCCGAGAUCAAAAGGAACAAGAAAGGAAGUAGCGCUUUUCUCCCAGGUUUCAUGGUGUCCUUGAACAAUAGGAGAAAAGGUGCCCCUUCAAGAUCUCCCCUUUCUUGAAGAUCAAUUUUAAUAUAUUAUUAUUAGCUUCGAUCUGAUCUAUCUCUUAAUAAAAUUUCUAGCUUCAAC